UGACAACUUUCCUGUUGAUGCCUCGAUUAUUUGCCAAAGAUUUCUAGAACAAUUGCGUUGAUAGUUAAAAGAAACCGAUACUAAAACAAUUAUUUUUAUCGAGUAAUUUUACAAUCUAGGAUAAACAUCUUGGUACGUGUUUUUAGUGAGAAUUCCUCUCGGAUAUUUGUUUAAAUAAUAAUGACACAAACGAGAAUAUCAGUGAAGCUCAAAAACGGGAGGAUGUUGGAUCCUGGAAGUGGAGGAACCUGUGGAUGUUGAGGAGGGAGCCAAGUCAAUGUUUUAAAAGAUGAUGGUAGAUUAGAAAGUGGAGGAUUUUGGAUGCUAGAGGAGGGAGAGUCUUUGGAUGUUCUGGAGAGACCAAAGUGUUAAGAGACAAUUCAUACAGUCAAUAUUCUGAGGGAAAGCCAGAGAAGCUCGGAAAAUGGAGGACUUUGGAUGCUGGAAGAGAUAGAAUCGUUAAAAGACACGUUUUUAUUUACCUUUUUCUUUUAAUUAUCAACCAGCGCGAUCCAUCGGUCGUUUAGCCUGACGUAGUUUCUAAAAUCAUUGUUCUAAAUUGCAGGGUGCGCAACAGAGCAGUCGACAAAGAUGAGAUUUUUACCGGCGUCGGUAUUUCAGAUCGUGAAAUAUGAACUCCUACAAGGUGUUGGUCUUAUGAUAUUUCGUUUAUGGUUGAACUAAAUAGGUUCUUGUCUAUGCUAAAGAUGUACAUACCACAAAAAAGGUAGAUCCCCAAGUUUUGAAAGAGUUAGCCGCUUGGUGCAGCACUUGUCCGGAGACAACGAAUUCUCGAGCAUGAGGCACUCUCAUUUCUUCUUUGGUUGAACAAUUUACUCUGAAAUAUGGAUAUUAUCAAUAUCGCGAGCAAGCGUACCAACAAACAGUAAAUUGAAAAAGUAACACGAAGGUGUUCAUGAACUUUGUUACAAUAUUAUGCGUAAACUCUAAAUUCAUCUAAAAAUUUGAUACUUCAGAGUAAUAAGAAUGACAAACGGUCAGAAAAUUAUCCAACAGUGUGUGCUCCUUUAGUUUUCCUAAUUUCCGGCGGAUAUUAGUCGACAGCCAUCUUGCUAGCAAUAUUUCGGCGCUCGGCCAUUUUUGUUGCGUCGACGUCAAGUGUGGCCAGAGGCCUUUCAUAGUAGCCAGUCUUCGAAUUUCCUUUGUAUCGAAGUAACGACAGGCAGGAACUGUAAUUUUAACUGUUUCACAUAGUCGACAAGUUUCGUUUGUAGAUCAGCAAGGAACGAAAAGAGAGAAAGAAGGAGUUGAACAAUUGAAAUUUUUUGCUUUGUGGUUGUCUAGGCGAGAAACAGCUAAAAAGCUUCUGAGGCAGAGCCACGAAAAAUACGUACCGAGGCGGAGUAAUAUGAGUAAUGCAGCCAACCAGAAUGGAUCAGGUCUAGAGCAGCAGUUAGCUGGUCUGGACUUGCAGGGCUCCCGCCAACCAAGUGGGGGUCGCUACGUACCACCGCACCUGCGAAACAAAUCUGGAAGUAACGCACCUUCGGGCGGAGAACAUCUUUCUUCUUCCAACUCAAGACCAUAUUCUGACCGGGAGAGAGGUGGAGAGCGUGAUCGCGAAAGGGAGAGAGAAAGAGAUCGUGAUCGUGGAAGAGGAAGUGGUGUUGGUACUGGUGGCGGUAGCAGCGGCGGUCCUGGUGCCGGAGGUGGAGGUGGAGGUGGAGGUGGAGGCGCAGGCGGAAGCGGUGGCGGCGGUGGCGUUGGCGUUGGCGGCGGCGGCGGCGGCGGCGGCGGCGCAGGUGGAGGUCCUGGUGGUGGUUCAGGAUAUAGAGACGGCCGAACUUCCCGCGAUGUCGACUUCGGAAAUUUUGGAAACUUUGGUGGACGCAGUAGACGUAACCCUGCCCAAGAGAAUGGAAGAGAUUUUAGAUACCCGAAUUCCGAUCGUGAACGGGAUCGCCCGGUUAGCUCCGGAAAUGAUCGUUGGCAAGAACCUAGAAACGAGCGCUGGCAAGACACUAGAAACGAUCACAGAAUGGGGAGUAGCAGUGGUAGAUGGAAGGACGACAGAGAAGGAGGCAGAAGAAACUCUGAAAUUGAUUGGACAAUUCCCACUUCCAGAGAUGAACGACUGGAGGUGGAACUAUUUGGUACUGGGAAUACUGGCAUUAACUUUAGUAAAUAUGAGGAUAUCCCAGUUGAGGCUACUGGAGAUAACAUACCUCCUCACAUCACAUCUUUUGACGAAGUUAAGCUGACAGAGAUAAUAAAAAAUAGCAUUACUCUGGCUGGUUAUGAUAAACCUACACCAGUACAGAAAUACGCGAUACCGAUUAUUAUCGGGCGCCGUGAUGUUAUGGCCUGUGCCCAAACAGGGUCUGGUAAAACAGCGGCCUUUUUAGUGCCAAUAUUGAAUCAGAUUUAUGAAAGCGGGCCGCGUCCACCUCCAGUCAAUUCUGGCAAGCGUAAACAAUAUCCAUUAGGUCUAGUAUUAGCACCUACAAGAGAGCUUGCCACACAAAUAUAUGACGAAGCACGGAAAUUUGCGUAUAGAUCACGUAUGCGUCCUGCUGUUGUCUAUGGUGGUUCAAACAUUGGUGAUCAAAUGCGAGAAUUAGAUCGUGGCUGCCAUCUUCUUGUAGCAACACCCGGACGUCUCGGUGAUAUGUUGGGACGCGGUAAAAUUGGGUUACAUAAUUGCCGAUUCUUAGUUUUGGAUGAAGCAGAUCGUAUGUUGGACAUGGGUUUCGAACCACAGAUCAGACGUAUAGUUCAACAAGACACUAUGCCACCCACCGGUGAAAGACAAACGCUCAUGUUUUCAGCUACGUUCCCAAAAGAAAUACAAAUGCUUGCAAGAGAUUUCUUGAGUAAUUAUAUCUUUUUAGCUGUGGGCCGUGUCGGCUCGACUUCUGAAAACAUUACUCAAAAAAUUGUAUGGGUGGAAGAACAAGACAAGCGUUCUUACUUGCUUGAUCUUCUUCAAGCCAGUAACUUCGCAGAUCCUACGUCUGAAUCGUUAACAUUAGUGUUUGUGGAAACAAAGAAAGGUGCAGAUAUGUUAGAAGAAUACUUACAUCAGAUGGGCUACCCGGUAACUAGCAUUCAUGGUGAUCGAACACAGCGCGAACGAGAAGACGCCUUGCGUCGUUUCCGUGCUGGUAAAGCGCCAAUACUCGUUGCGACUGCCGUAGCUGCUCGUGGACUUGAUAUUCCACAUGUGAAACAUGUGAUAAACUUUGAUUUACCAGGAGAUGUGGAAGAAUAUGUCCACCGAAUUGGUCGUACUGGUCGUAUGGGAAAUUUAGGUCUGGCAACGUCAUUUUUCAAUAAUAAAAAUUCUAACUUGGUACGCGAUUUGGUAUCUCUUCUAAUCGAAGCCAAUCAAGAAAUUCCACAUUGGCUGGAUGAAAUGUUCUCUGAAGCAAGAUACACUGGAGGUGGAUCUCGUCGAGCUGGUGGUAGUACUAAAAGCCGAUUUAGUGGCGGAUUCGGUGCAAGAGAUUAUCGUCAGAACUCUAGUUCUGGAUCAGCUCGCAAUGGUUCCUCCGGUCGGCCCGGUGGUUAUGGAGGAGGUUAUGGAAAUUAUGGAAAUAAUUAUAAUUCAUCGUACAACUCUAGUAACAACAUUAGCAGUAACGAUCCUGAUUGGUGGGGCAAGUAAAUCGUCAUCACCACCACCACCUUUAUUUCCACUUUUACUACUAUACACAUAAAUUCAAAUAUAUGUAAGAAAGACACGUACGACAUACACAUGGUGUAACAACACGCACGUACUUGCGCGCGUAUACACAACAAAAGACAAACAAUUAUCACGUAUAAACACAUCACGUUCUCUAACUGCCUGUGCACUACAAUUUUCAAACUAAAAAACAAACAAGUAAUUGUGUUUAUUCAAUUCCAUAAAUACUUUUUAUUCGUGUGUGACGAAACACAAUUGACAAAUCCGAAGUGCAAUUCCAGUGUUUAACAUCGACGAAAAAAAAUCGGAAUGACAUGUAAAAUAAUGAUCUCACUUUGAUGGGAAACCCGAGAGACAGUCAGGAUUUGUCAGGUACUAGAUAAAACGAUAUAAGAUCCAUCCAAAGUUUCGUUGCCGUGCGUGUUGAAAUAACACAAGUAGUAUAAUCACUAAUGAAUCAAGUCGAGCAAUCGUUAAUGUCUAGAUAGGACAUAUAACGACAUGAUACAUAGUAGGUGGAGAAACUUAGUGAAAUUUUUUAGAACUCCUGUCGAGACUAUGAAGCUUUAUUGCGGCUUCAUUAUUUAAAUUUUUGAAGGACGUGGUGGGCGUAUCUUCGAGAAUUAUGGCGUCUAGAAUCGAGUAAUCGUAGAGCUUUAAAUGCACAAGUGCUUUAUUAUUCUUGCCUGAAUGGCCAGUAACUUGUGUAGUUUGAUUUAAAUUAAUGGCGCCGUUUUUUCUUUUUUUCUUAUUUUUAUUUUUUCUUUUUUUUUUUUUGUAAUACAUAUAUAUAUAUAUAUACACAUACAUAUAACAUAUUUGACUAGGCGCCCCGGAUACGCCAUAUCGCCAUCGCCAUAGUUUUUCGUGACAAUUCCUGUUUUAAAUUUACUAUAGUCCAGCGACGAAUGGUACUUUGUUGUUUUGCCGUCCCCAGACACAGACGACAUUGCGCCGGCAAUAUCAUGGUUUAAUCGACUAAAAAAACCUUGUAAAAGUUUCCAGUAGUCGAGAGCUUUGAUAUUAAGAGAAGGACAACACAGGCUGCGUCUUAGGAUACUUUUAGAAAUCUCGUUUAUACAAUAUUUCUGUCACGUCCUCUUAACAAUAAGUACGUUUUCAAAGUCGAAUUGCUGUAUACUUAUUGCUUGUGUGUGUGUGUAACACUUUAAUUCAAAGAAUUAUUUUAUUUAAAACUUUGAUCAUUGUAUUUAGAGUAGGCUGGAACGUUUUCAGCGAGUAUCAGGUAUGGUGGUGUACCUGAAUUUUAAUGUACUCUAAGUAGAAUUUCUAAACGUAACAAAGACGUUGUCCUGUAACAAUGGUAUGGUGCGUUAUAAAAACAUACAAAAAAACCUUAAGAUUGCAAUACUUGGAUGCGAGUGCUCGAGAACGAAAGCUUACAUUUUAGAAACGGGUUAAACAAACAAAACAAAAAAAAAAAUACGGUUGCAGUUACAGAGGGGAACUUCAAAAAAGAAGAGCAACAAUACAUACACCAUUAGUUGGCUCAACUUUUCAAGGGAGGACAUAAAGAAAAUACUAUUACAAAAAAGCAAGCCCUUUGAAAAUAAGGAAGCAUUAAGGACGCACUCAUAUUUUAUAACUGUAAUUUAUCAGUACGAUAACGCUACAUAUAUAAAUAUAUGUGCGUGUGUAUAUAUAUAUAUCUCUGUACGUAUAUAUAUACAUACACACUACGUAAUAUUCGUAAAUACAUAAACAUUAAAAUAAUUGAUAAACGACUGUGAUAUCGAACGAUCUUGUGACAUUCAAUUUCCAUUGCGAAUUGAUUAAUGAACAAUUUAAUGAAAUACAAAUGUUAAAUGUAUGAAUUAAUCGGUAUUGAAUGUCAGGAAUGCAUCAAGCUCAGUUUGUUUGAGCCGGGAACGGGAAUAUUAAAAGUCGUUAAAGUAAAUAACAUCUAAACAAAUAACGUGGCUGUUGUCCGAUCGGGGAGGGCUGAACGCUAGCUCUUACACAGUCCUGAAAAACACGUUUUUUGGGGCAUUGUUUCUACUUAAAUGGAAAACAAAAAAAAAAGAAGUUAAAUAAAUAAAUAAAAUAAAUAAAUGCGCAUUAAACGAUAGACGAUAACGACAAAACGCGUCAUUACUGGUUGAUGAUGUUGGUAGGGCUUUAUAGAAUGUCGAUAUCUUUUUGUGCAAAGAAAGAAAAGUAACGAAAAGAAUAUAAAAGAAAAACAAAACAAAAAAAAAAAAUAAUGAAACGGAAAAGAAAAUGAAAAAACGUCGGAUUCUUACCUAAUCUAUGCGAGAAAAAGUACAAAUUCAACUUUUUGCGUGACAACUGACAGGAUUUUUACACAUGUCAUAACUUAUACCUGUUAUAUUAAUAGAUUUAUAGUGCAAUCGCGUGCGUGAAUCGUAUGCCGUGUGACCGUGGACCAAGGGUGUGAAUGACUUCCGUACCCCUAACGAGGGAGGGAGAAUAAUUAAUUUCAACUAGAACUUUCAAAUAGUGUUACGAAUAAUAAUUGUUGGCUUCCGACUAUAUAUGGUGCGUGUGAUUUCAAAUUCUAAUAUGAUUUUAUCGUCGAGUCCGUUUGUCCACUCGGAGGCCCUGCCAAGAACAUUACAAACAAAAACCUACAACGAAAAGUGAUCGACCACUUUUUCGUUAUAUAAUAUAGUGUACAAUUUUUACUUACGGCACAAUUUAAUUGUUCAGUUUGAACCUUAGUCUGUUAAGAGAAUAGUAGGAUCAUUGCCGUAAUACUACUACUACUACUACCGCUACUAGUGCUACUACUACUACUACUACUAUUACUACUACUACUACUAGUACCACUCUUAUUUGUUAAUAUUCAUCUUUUUUUUUUUUGAACAAUGUAUCUCCGUAUCGAUUUCCCUAGGUGGUACUAUAUACGGUAUGCGCAAAGUUGCGUUGCGUUAUUUUAUUAUAAUAGAAGAAAAACAAAGAAUUAGGUGACUUUUGGACACUAUUAUCCUGAAUUUUAAUUUUUCUUUUUUCUCUCCUUCGUUACUUUUUUUUUUUUUUUAAUCCACGGAAAUCGGUCGUUACUUUUCUGCUGGUGUAAUUACAAUUUAAUCAAAUCUAUUUUGGAAAACCGACGAAAUUCCGGAUUCUACUGUCCAAUCGUUUACUCAGGCAACGAAUACAUAUGACGCGUCGGUGUAAGUUAUUAGUAUCUUUGUGCAGUUGGAAGUAAAUACGUUCAUUUACGAGUAACGUGGUGGACAGAGAUUAUGCGGUUAACGUCAACUAUACGCGAAAGUAUUUUCAUACUUAUUUCUUCUCUCCUAGUUAUAAAUAUUUUUAUACGCAACAGUGUUGAUUGACAAACAAUCGCGAUAUCAUUGAUUCCAUAUUCUUUUUUUUUUUUAACGAUCUUAGCUAUAUCGUAUUCAUUUCAUAUGUAAUAUAUAUAAAAAGAAAAAAAAAAAUGAAAAUUGACAAAUAUUUUUGUGCGAUCGUCAGAUGUCCACCGUUUCGUAAUUGAGAUGUACACACGUGUAAAUUCUUCGAGUACGUGGUAUUAUGAUUUAGAGCGUAAUUAGCAACUUUAGACGAAUUAAAGAAAGGAAAAAUGAAAAAACGAUGUUAUAUUAAACGACACUAUUUAUUAAGUAUUUAUUUUUUACGUUUAAUUCUCGAAGAAGAUGUCGAUUAAAAAAGGGACAGUCGUAUAUUUGUACUGUAUCAACUACCUUUUUUUAACGUUAUGUUUAGUCCUCUAAUGUAUAUCGGACGAGCAGCCUUAGGAAACAUUUAUGGAUCUACUCAGAGAGUGAAAUGAUUAGACAAAGAUGAAUUAAAAGUGUAGUGCGAAGAAACGAGAGAAGAGGGGCUACGAAUAGUAAAUCAUUGCAUAUUGUGUAAAAAAAAGAAACUGAAAAAAAAAAGGAACAAAGGUGUUUGACUGUGACUGCAAUCAUUAUUAAGAAUGAGAAUGCGCAAUUACAAAGCACACAUACGGGAAAGAGAGUGAGAGAGAAAGAAAGGAUGAAAAAAGCAUUGUAAGCCAUAUUUAUUUUAUGUAAGCACGCGACAAGUGUGUCAGAAGAAAGUCUUACUUAGGCAGGCGAGGAUGCCGCCGAAUACGAUUAUCAUCGCGUGCAGUAGACGAUAAUUUCUUUUUUUUUUUUCUUUUAAUUCCUUACGUCUUGUUCACAUUUGAAACAUUUUGUUUACGAACGGUGUUGUUCGCGUUGCUUUUGGUAAAAGACAGACAAAUUUGUAUGCGCUUAUUGUAUGGACCUACCUUGAGCAACGUUCCGUUUAACCCUUUAGCUACGAGCAAAAACGUUCGCUGUUAUGAGCUAUGUAAUUCAUUGUAAGUUAAUGUAAAGUAAUAUUAUUUAGACGAAAGGAAAUUGUAAAUGAAUAACAAAAAAACAAGCGGUGACGAUGAUCCAUGCAGCUUCUAUAGUGUCUUUUCGUCCGAGGAAACCGCUUAAAAGGGAAGCCACUAUAAUGGUGUAGUAGUAGCUGAAGGGUUAAGGUGAAAAGGAUAAAGUUAAUACUCAGAGAAAAAAGAAAACGAAUAACAACAAAGCAUUGAAGCAUUGAAUAAUCGUAUGUACGAGAUGUGAAUGUGUCUGUGUAUGUAUGUGUGGGAGAGACAGGGAGAAACAGAGGAUGGGCACGAAACGGGAGGGUAAGAGCAUACGCGUAGGCUGACAAAAUUGGAGGGAUGGCAAAAAAAGAAAAAAUGUCUUCGAAAACUUUUAUGAAUGUUAUUUCAUCGAAGAAGCGUCGCUUGUCGUCGAAUCGAGAACGCAGACAAAGGAUGUAUUUAUAAAGAAAAAAAAUGGAAAAAGCAAAUUUUCUGAAGGAAGCAUGUCUCGCUUCUAGGCACGAGUCUCGAUGGCUGUGUUUUACUUUUUCCGCGGCGAAUGACGCUCGUCGUCGUGUAUCAUCCACUUGUGUAACUCUAAUGAUACUGCUAUAUUAUCUUACUUCACUGAGAUGGCGAACAAAUGGCAAAAGAAAAAAAUUAUAAAGAAACAAAAAGUAUGAAAGAGGAAAGAAAUGGAACGGUGAACGUACCAUUCUGUCGGUCUCUUAAUUAAUAAUUGCACAUUUACACGCUACAUUAGGUGAACCAAGGAAAAUACGCGAGAAGUAGGAACAAAAUUUCGCAAAACAACUGUACGUCGUACGGCUACUGAAAGAAUCAAUAAAAAUAAAGUGUCUGAAAUUUCAAAAGGGAAGAAGUCAACUUAAAAACCCUAUAAAGUGUAUAAUACAUAUACAUAUAUAUAUAUAUAUAUAUACAUACAUAAUAUGUAUACACUUUGUCGUUCAUUAGCAAUAAGUUACGAAUUGCAUUAAGGGGAACAUAUAUGCAUCCUUGUGCUUAGAUAAAAAGCAAAACAUGUGUGUUCUGUGAAGAAUGAUGUAGAGUGUCAAUAUUGUUACAAAUACCUCAUAAGAGACGAUGGAUCACGUAUAUUAUUUAAAUGUUCAUUUAUUCAUUUUAGUGAUUCAUUCGUUUAUUUAUAGUAUUAUGCAAAGUGACAGGAGAAUUCUAUAAAAUGAUACCGUAUAAUAAAGAAGGAAAAGAUUA